UACGUCAUCGAUACGUCAUGGGACGAUGCGGAAGUUCAAGUCACCGGGGAGAAGGUAAACUAAUGUCAACCAAGCGCCAAAAAAUAAAUAUAAAAGCAACUAAAGGGGGGGAAAACAGAAAGUAGAAAGGGAAGCAGCACCGAGAAGAACCGGAAGGACACUUUCUCUCCAGCUGCAUCUUCUUUGGUUGCGUAGCCGUUGGGGUCACUACAAGCUCAGUCCGGUCACUGAGCUGCUCGGUUCGCCUGUAAGUGACACAGUUACUGUCCGAUGGACCGAGCCGGUGACUUCGGGUUUACGUCGGUGCCACUGAGGUCCUGCAUGUGUCGACAGAAGCUGCGAACACGGCUACGUUUUCCUCUGUGCUGAAGAGGCUCAGUUAAAAGUCGCCGCUAACCACUUUUACGGCACUCGGCACACUGUGGGCGGUACCGGAGGGAGCAGCCCGGUCUCCAACGUCCAGCUUUAAAGCGUCUGGUGUCGCUUGAGGUUGGCGUCAGGCAGCUUCCUGCAGUGUGAGCAGAGACUCUCAGGUUCUGGUCGAUGAAAUCGAGACGUGGGACGCAGCACAGGACCAGCGCCACCCAGACUGAAUGACCUAAUAUUGAAUGUGAAAGCAGCGACCCGGAGUUGACCUCACCUUCUCCUGUGCAGCUCCAUCUUCUCUAACUGAGGUCUGCAGCCAGUGGAGGCUGGCGUUGGCUGGCAAGCUGCCUGUGAGAUGAAGGCGUAGAAAUCAGCUGAUUCCAUGUGGAGGAGGAAGAAGAGGAGGAAGAGGCGGAGCUGAGUGAAGUCUGUAAAUCCAUGAUGAGCCGGCUCUGCUACAGACAACAAGUGUUCCUCUGAGAGCGACAGGAGGACGAAGGAGGAUAAAACGAGCUUGCACUUUAACAGAGAAAAAAGAGGGAGGGCACGAGAGAGCAAGAGAAAGGAGGUUGCUACGGCAACCCAGGAGACGUUGCUGCAGCGGCCAGGACACAGGUUGAAAAAGUGAUCAGAAGGUGGAGGAUGGGCUUGAUGUUCCACUCCUUCAUUUGACCCUUAUUAAAUACUUUCAGACUUUGUUUGCAAGUGACCCUUUGGUAUAAAUAGCAAAGAACAACACUAAAGCAAAAUCUGGACAUAAAAGUGGUAGCAUGUCUGAGGCAUCUAAAGUCCUCCACCUGUAUGUUGAGGUGAGGACUGUUCCUGAGAAGGAUUGGGAGGUGCCAGGAAGAGCAGCUGAGGGGACCAAUCACCUCAUGCUUCCAUCUCCAGAUAUCCUCCCCAGCUCACAGAGGAGCUCCACUUGUUCCAGCCGCAGUCGCAGUCCAGAACUUUCCCCAGAUGCCCGGUAUCAUACUACGGAUGAAAAUCACACCAUAACUUCCUCAAAGUCUUCCUCCAGACACUCCGUGAGCUUCCAGCUGCAGAACCCAGAUAGAACUGGGUCUUCCAUACAGGCCCAUCAUCAGGAUGUAUUAUAUGACGGUUUUGAUCAGUUACUCCAUGUACUUUCACCUGGAAGGGAAAGUCCCAGCCAACACAACUCGCCAGGACCAGUAUGGCUUAAUGUCCCCUCUACACUCACCAGCAACUGCAGCUCUGUUAAUGUUCCAAGACAGGAUCAGGAGGAGAAAUCAUCUGUGGUGACAUUUGGCUACAUAGAGAAAGCCAACGUACACUCUGUGGAAGGCCGCCACUCUUCCAUGUGCCACGCUGAGUCAGACAGAGUGCAAGGCCAACUACAGCCUGCCCACCUCCGGAAACGGCUAAGUGAUCCAAUGUGGUUUAGUGGCCGUCCAGGACAAGGUGACCUAUACCUUAACCAUCCGUACACGUCACAGACUGGGAGCCCCCAGGCUUCUCCUCACCUGCGGAAGGCUACCCUAGAUGCAGUAGCCAGACAGGCCACCUACAAGGCAUUAGAGGAGUUUGGGUCUCCAGAACUGAGGCGACGAUAUGCGUCUCGUGGUCCAGAGAAUUAUAGUCCGUCCCUGCCACGGAGCUUCCCACCCCCUCGCUGUCAGUCUUUAAGGGCAUCUCCUGUCCUGCCACGUAGCACCCUCACCCUGCCUUCCAAGGCCCAGCUUCUGGAGCUUGACAGGGGAGCCAGAUGCAGCUCAGUGAAUGGACUGCCCAGAAGUCCUGCCUCUGAACAUCUGUGUGACCACACUGGGUACUCCUCCCCUGGUAUCUCCCAGAAGCCAUGGGUCAGAGAUGAGAGGCCCAGGUUGCCCAGCAUAUUUUACCCACCUCUUCCUGCAGGAAAACCUACAGAUAUCCAACAUGAGAUCCAUUCAGGCAGGUUCGCUUCCAGCAACCAGCCCCAGACUGACUUCCAAUGUAGAGUGAUCUCCCAGCACAAUAUUAAUCCGAGCCUCACUAGUGGUAGUCAUAAAGCUGAUGAUGGUAUACAGUGUCACGCUAACAAUAACUCCAACACAUCCAACAAUAAUCUCUGCAAAGCAUCACGUUGCAGCAGCAGAGCCAGUGACGUUGUGAGCCCCACAACUGGCAGGAGGAGCAUCUCUCCAUCCUCAAACCGUGAAAUGGCUUGUAAAUUAGCUGUGGAGGCCACCAAGCUGUGCAACAUUUAUGCAGACCGAAGGACGCCCUCUCCAACACCUUCUCAGUCUGAGUCGCAGUGGUUAGAGAGUCCAAAGGGAGGAGGAUCAUUCCAAAGGGAAUCCCAACUAUAUAACAAUUCACAUAGGCAAAUCUGUCCUGGGCCUCCGCAGGCCAACAAUCGGAAUAACAGGUGGAAAGACGACCAACCAACGCCUCAGACCCGGCCGGAGCGGGCGUCUCCUCCUCGAGCCGAGCUGGUGCAUCGAGCUGGUGCCCCUCGGUCACCACUCUUGGACCCACAACAACGGUGGAGUUCAUCAACCAGUAAGGAUGCAUCUACAGUGCAUCGAUACCAGUCACCACAGUUCACAGGAGACUGUCAAUCACAUGACACAGUGCAGAGACAGUAUGAUCGAUCGACCAAGGAUAGUCCAGAUGUUCCUUGGAGACUGCUCAGCCAAAAUACAGAAGCAAAGCCUGCGAGCUGCACCACAAGGGAAGCGGAGGAAUUCUGUGAAGACAGACACCCACCUUCUAGAGUUUACACUCCCAGCAAAGAGGAAUGUCUUGAAAGGGGCAGAAAAAACAAAGAUCUAAAGACGUCAACGCAGUUUGGCCUGUCCACGGUUCAGAGAGGGGAGGCUCUGCAUCAAAGCAGAGGUGCUGGGAUGUCUUCUCAGAGCUCCAGUGGGGUGACGGGCAGUAUGGGAGACGACUUCCCAAUGGACAGAUACAAUAGUCUGUCCCCGGAAACCUCAAGCCAGUCCAGCUACGAUACAGCAGAUUCUGGGAAACAGUUGGACUGCGGCUUAGAGACGAGUCCCUCUUCGCGAUCGCAGAAAAUCGCCCGAGCCAAGUGGGAGUUCCUCUUCGGAGGCCAGGCGGAGGAGGGUCGCCACACUAAAGGUGCUCUGUCCACGACGCCACCCACCAGCAACUCUCCAAGCCCCACCCCUCCCUCCACCUUCCACCUGAGGGUAGCUAAUCAAAGGCAGACGCGUAACUGUGACGGUCAGAGGCUGUCACAUCACAAGGUACGGCAGAUUGAGGUGGAGCUGGUGACCCCUGACCCUCGAUGCUCCAUCCCUAAAAGAGGCAUCAUACGCCGCACCAUCAAGUUCUCUGAGACUGAUUUGGACGCUGUGCCUCUGCGCUGCUACAGGGAGACCGACCUGGACGAGGUGAUGCGGGCAGAGGCGGAAGCAAACGAGGAGGCAGAUUCUGCCUUUGGCAGCAAACACAGCAUUGUGGAAAAUGUCAGCUUCAGUCCCGUUGGUGCCUCCCAAAAACCCAGGACUGGUGGAGUGAAGCAGGGAGAUGAGGAAGAGGAAGAGGAGGGAGAAGACGAAGAUGAAGAGGGAGUGGUGAGCUGGGCCAGUGUCCGAAUGCAGGGAGACAAGCAGAGACAGAGAGCCACGAAAGAGGAGGGUGAAGUGUUGAGUCUGCUGCUGAAGGGGUCGUCUGAGGCUUCGGCCGACACCCGUGAUGGACUCAAGUCACCAAUCUCUGUUGGUAGCCCUCGUCGACCAUGCGACAGCAACCUAGACUCUUUUAGCCGCCAUUUUGAAAACAUCAUGGAGUCACACCGUGCCAAGGGAACCUCGUACAGCAGCCUGGACAGCGUUGACCUUCUGACAUCUGGAUCCACAUCUGUGUUCACUUUCGACCUGCCGACCCUCACCCCAGAGAUCCAGAGUCAGAUCUGCGAGAGCGCUAAGCAGAUCAUGGAGCUGAGUUUUGCCCCUUUGGCCCAUCCGGACCCAUCCGCCGCUUCAGAAACGUCCCGUUCAGAAAUUACACUCAGUGCCUUGGGAACCAGGCUGCAAAGUGGUUCCAAAGUUGAGUCUGGCCCUCCAGUCCGGACCAGCUCGGAGAAGGAUACGUGGCGCCGCUCAAUUCUCAAAGAUGGUUUCAGAAAGGCGAGCUCAGCCCCAUCCCUCCACAGUAGCCUCAGGGAGCGACCCGUCCACCGACCCGCUCAGCUGCUGCUCCCGCAGGCCGACGUUGCCCAGCGUCUGGCUCUGGGGGGCAGCGACGAGGCGCUGGCCAACGGCACCAAGACCGACCUGCAGGCCGCCAAGCGUCUGGCCAAGCGCCUGUACACCCUGGACGGCUUCAAGAAGUCCGACGUGGCCCGACACCUCGGCAAGAACAACGACUUUAGUCACAUGGUGGCCGAGGAAUAUCUCACCAACUUCAACUUCAUGGGUCUGACCCUGGACCAGGCACUCAGGACAUUUCUGACACAGUUUGCUCUGAUGGGAGAAACUCAGGAGAGAGAGAGAGUCCUCGCUCACUUCUCCAGGAGAUACAGGCAGUGUAACCCAGAGAGUCUCAGCACCGAAGACAGUGUCCACACUCUGACCUGUGCUGUGAUGCUGUUGAACACAGACCUCCAUGGAAAUAAUGUGGGGAAGAGGAUGUCCUGCAGUCAGUUCAUCUCCAACCUGGAAGGACUCAAUGAGGGAAAAGACUUCCCCAAAGAUAUGCUGAAGACUCUCUACAGCUCCAUCAAGAACGAGAAGCUGCAGUGGACCAUUGACGAGGAGGAGCUGAGGAAGUCCAUGUCUGAGCUGGCUGAUGUCCGGACUGACUCGGCCUCCCACACCAUGAAGCGACUUGGCAGUGGAGGAAACUUGCUGGCGGGCGCCGCCCAACAAGCUGAUGGGGAGCUCUAUAAGAGCGGCUUCUUGGUCCGCAAAGCCCACGCAGACCCGGAUGGAAAGAGAACGCCACGGGGCCGGAGGGGCUGGAAGACGUUCUACGCCAUGCUGAAGGGUCUGGUCCUCUACCUGCAGAAGGACGAGUACCGCACAGAGCGAGAGCUGACGGAGGACGACGUGAAGAACGCCGUGUCCGUCCACCACUGUCUGGCCAUGAGGGCCGCCGACUACAGCAAGAGGCCCAAUGUGUUCUACCUGAGGACAGCGGACUGGAGGGUCUUCCUGUUCCAGGCCCCGAACGCAGAACAGAUGCAGUCGUGGAUCACGCGCAUCAACGUUGUUGCAGCCAUGUUUUCAGCGCCACCGUUUCCGGCUGCCAUCGGAUCGCAGAAGAGGUUCAGUCGUCCUCUGCUGCCGGGGUCCAACACCAAACUGUCCCAGGAGGAGCAAGUCAAAUCCCAUGAGAACCGGUUCAGGGCGGUUUCUUCAGAACUGGCCGACCUCACAGCCUCCACACCUGACCGGAAGGUCAAAGGUCGUGAGCUGGAGGAACAAAAACUCAGACAAGAGUACCUGGAGUUUGAGAAAACCCGCUACGGUACGUACGCCAUGCUGCUUCGAGCCAAGCAGGCGAGCGGUGACGAGGAUCUGACGGCCUUCGAGGCUCGGCUGUUUGACAACGGUGGCCUGCAGAGGGCGCACUCCAGCCCCACGCUGCCCCAGGACGGCGCCAAUAAGGAGAAAAGCCGUGGGACCAAGACCUCAAAGAGCUUAAAGGUGACGUCAUCCUCAGCCUCCAAGAGCAAGAAGAGGAACGAAAGCAAGGAAGAGCAGGAAGAGGCGGCGUAAAGCGUUGUCAGUGGGACUCUACUGUUAACUUCCACUGCGGAAGUUAGACACGCAAGUAGCCAAGCAGCAUCCAGAGUCGCCACAGCUGGUGAGCCUUUCUUCCUGUUGGCUCUCUCAUUUCAGGGACCUUUUGGACACGAGCAUCAGUGACUGGUUCUGGCAGCAUUUUACUGCUCAUGGAUCAGGUUUUCCCUGUCGGUACUUUAGUGUUUGUUCUCUCAGAGCAACGAGCGCUGACCUCCUGCAUCGCCAUCACUCUGCUUCUCCUAGCAACUGACGGGGGAGCAGGUUGCCAUGCCAACUGCUGGUGACAGACAUAGCAUGCGGGACUGUUGCUGUAGCAACUGAGCAAAGGGGAAAAUGAUGGGAAGGUGAGGCUGUGGAGUCAGGACUCCCCGGACACGCUGCUGAACCAUGUGGAAGAACAUGAUUCACAUCAUUAACAAAGGAUUUUACCUUCUACAAAGCCAGGAAUUUAAAACUUAAAUAGAAACAAACCAAGUAAUUUCAGCUUCAAAGGAGAGAAGCUCAUUUGGGUGUUUGGUUGUUAAUCAUUUCCUGCUCUCCUCUGCUGGAAACUGAACAGUGUUUGCCUGAUUCUUCUUGAUAUGCAAGAUAUCAGUUUUCUCUUUCUCUUAAUGUUUAUCACUGAUGAUAAAUUGAGGUUCAGUUUGUUCAGACGCUGGAGUUUGUUAAUGUAAUGAAACAACUGUCUGCAAAGCAGUUGAUCUGCUUUUAUAUGUUUGAUUUUUGCUCAGCUGGAACUGUAAUAUGCAGAUCAGACCAGAACCUCACCAUCUGCUCCUGUAGCUCAGACAUAGAGGAUUCUGGGUAAUGAAGCCUGCAGUCUACGUCCUGCUGCCACUUGGUGUCACCAGAACUCCACGCAUUCACCUUUAAACCGUCCUGACAGAACCGAGGAGGAAAACAAUAAUCUGUAGCCUCUGUUUUCAAGGCAUCAAACACACUGAGGAUGUGUAGACACAUCUACACUUCGUAAGCCCCAGUCUCCACCCAUCCCCUACUACGGCCUCACUCAGCCUUUACCCAGCCUGCAUCUAUCCUCUACUUCAUUCUCCAUCUUUCCUCCACUCAGCCUCCAUCAAUCCUCUAUCUUUCCUCCGCUCAGCCUCUUCUUUCACUUUUUAAUGGAUGGAUGGAUGUGAUGUGUUGGGAUAGUGACUCAGACGACACCAGGUGGCAGCAGAGAUCAGCUGAGCGUCAGGACUCCAACCUUCUUUCAGUUUACAUGACCUCACCCAUGUUUUCCUGCUGGUCUCCAGAUUUCUGUUAGUUUGUAAUGAAAUUGUUUUUAUUCUUCACUAACAAUCUGUGAAACCACUGAAUGAAAACUUGAAGGAAGGAAAUCUGACGGCUCUUCUUAACCUUUAGCGGCAGUUUUCCAGCUGGAGGCCAGUGUCACUUUGAGUAAAACACUGAUGCUGAACUCCCUGAACUCUGAGACGAGUUCUUAACGCAUCUCAAAGGUACGAAGUGAAGGAUGACCCUCAGUUUGGUGUUUUCUGCCAUCUCCGCUUCACACGUUGAAGUAAAAGAAUUAACAACUGGAACGGGGACCUAGAAGCUGGACGCUUGUUGAGCAGACACGGAUCUGUCGGCAUCUUUACGGCUUUCAUCCCCUUUAUUUUUUACUCCUUUAUGUUUAUUCUGUAUCUCUCCGGGAGUCAGGAAACUGAUCUCAGAACUUUGGUCUGAUGUGUGUUGCUUGUGUGACACCUCCUGGUUUCACUGACUGACCCUUCAGCCUUCCACACGUCACCUCAGAGGUUCUGGAGCAGCUGCAGGUGGACGUCAGCUUCCGUCUUUUUUGGCUCUUUGAAGGCAGCCGGUCAGCUGUGGUGACACGUUCACUGACCUCUGGGCUCCUCCCUCUGUGCUGUUCCACCCCCUGCUGUUCCUAGUUACUCCUCAGAUAUCCUAUAACACUUGUGUUUUCUUUGCACUGUGCAAUGUAACGCAGCAUAUGGUGAAUUAGUGUAACGGUCACGGCUGCUCUCUCUUCAUCUGUGUCCAAACCUGUAAAUAUGAGAAGCCAUAGAAGCUGGACUGUGUUUUAGGGCUUUAUUUGGUUCAAGUGUUUCUGAAGCAGCAGCUCUUGAAGUCCUCAGACAGGUUGUGUGGCCACUUUAUUUAUUCUGAUACUGUCCACAUCCUGUUGUGAGUUUGGUCGUAACAAUACGUUUGUAUCAUUCGAAGGCUUAGAGGCAAAAAUAAAACCAUUGUGAAAACCGUC